CAGAAAGUGUUGUGACGGCACCGAGUGUGAGCUCUUUCAAGACAAGACUUGACCAACACUGGAGCGGGUUCAGGUAGAUUCAGGCAAGGUAGGUAGAUCUACCUACCUUGCAUUCAGGAGCCGGUGCAGGCCCAGUACUUGCCAACAGUGCGUGACAGAGACGUGACCGAUCGCCCAAGCAGCUAACGAGUCUAUCAGUGGUGAAGGGGAUAAAAGUAGAAGUAAUGACACCCUUCUCACAUAUGACCUACACCGAUGACCGGGAUCGAACCCUGAACAACAAAUUUUAGAGGCAUGCAAGUUACAGCUGUACCACCAACACUGUAAAACCUCUGUAACUGUGUGUUCUUGCGAAUAUAUUUGAAGAAAAUGUCUCAAGAGGAGUCACCAGGAAAGGACGCUCAAGGAGAGACUACUAAUCUAGACUAUGAUAAGAAGACGAGUAAAGGAGAAUUAGCUGUUAAAGUUAUAUGUUUGGGCGACAGUGCUGUGGGGAAAUCCAAGCUUGUGGAACGCUUCUUGAUGGAUGGCUACCAGCACCAGCAGUUUUCAACGUUUGCUCUUACACUGUACAGAUACCGCACCAAGGUGGAAAACACGGAUGUCUUAGUAGAUUUUUGGGAUACAGCAGGGCAAGAGAGGUUUCAAACAAUGCAUCCAUCUUAUUAUCACCAGGCUCAUGCAGCCAUUUUGGUGUUUGAUGGCACUCGCAAAGUAACUUAUAAGAAUCUCCCAAACUGGUACAAGGAACUGCGUCAACACAGACCAGAGAUUCCUUGUUUCUGUGCAGUCAAUAAGAUAGAUGAAAAUGAAGAUAUUGCUGGCAAGAGUUUUGCUUUCCCAGAGAAGAACAACAUCCCCAUGUAUUAUGUGUCAGCCUCAAGUGGCACCAAUGUUGUCAAGUUGUUCAAGGAUGCCAUUCGUGCAGCCUUCCAGUAUAAGAAGAACCCAACAGACUUCACAGACCAGAUCAUGGAAGAAUUGGAGAUGGAUUUAUGAGCCAUGAGCCAACAUCUGUAGGCAGCCUCCAGGACAGUCACCAAAAUAGGACCCUCCAACUUGUGAUAACCUGUGCAAGUUACCAUCAUCAUUGAGGUACCAAACUUGACCUUGUUUAAGUACCAAAGUCUAAAUUAAUUUCAGUCAUUAGAUCUUGUUUAGUUUUAAGAUACUAAUCUCUCUAGUAGUUUUAUGUUACAAAGUUGUUAUGAAUUCUAGUGUUUGAUGUCAUAACUUCCUCUAGGUUUUAAAUUGAUCUCUUGGUAUUUAGUUUAAUAGAAAUGCAAUCUAAUGGUACUAAUAAUUGUGAUGUACUGGAUUCAGUGCUAUACGUUUUGGUCAACAAAUUUGUUUUAGUUUGUGGUAGAAAAUAUUGGUUGUAGGUAUUGUGCCUCCACUGUAUACCCUGUACUGUACUGGUAGACUUUAACAAGGAAUUCUGGUAACAAGGUGUAAUGUGUAGUUAUUUAACACUCCAGUAAUUCUGUGUAAUAUAUAAUGAGGUGGGGUAAGACUUGUUUCGGGAUAUAAGGAUAAGACUGACUUAUUCCAUCAUGUUCUUAAUAGUAUUUUGGUCGCCAUGUUGAGUUUUUCGCACGAGUCAAGCUCCCAAAAUAAAACAAAAUCACAGUUUUGUCAGAUAUGUUUUAGAUAUGUAGAAUUGUAAUGACAAAGAGAGAUUUAUCAACAAAAUAUUUUUACUUAAGACAUUUUACAAAAUAAUCUUUUAUUUAUUUUUUUAUGUGCAUAGUACACUAAUAUAAUAUAUUUUUACACUUAAGCUUUAGUUGUAAAUUAUGUUUUAAGAUAUACAGUGACCUUGUAGCUGUAGGAAACACAUGAUAAUGUUAACAAAUUUAAGGCCUUAAGUGUUUUAUUCUUAGAGGAAAUAAAGAGAAAGUGGGUGAUGAUGAUCUUGGUUGUGGGGAUCAUGCUGUGAUAAUAAUGCCGUCCAGCUCCUGUGUACACCAUUAAUACUGUACAGUAGUGGUGACCUGGUUGUGAUAUAACAAAGUGUACCACAUGAAAUGUACUAUUCAAACUUGUUUGCUUGAAGGCAGCAUGAGAAAUACAAUUUUGUGCAUAAUAUACAGAUGACAUAAAUGAGUACAGUACUGUAUUGUACAAAGUGUACAUACAUGACUACUGUGCAAACUGAACUUAUUUCUAAAUACAGUAACUGAAUUCACUUAUAUUAAAACUGCUGUAUACAAAUCUAUUGACGUCUCAUCUAAAAUGGUACAUUUAUCCUGGUCUUCAGUAGUUAAACAUCCUAGAAUACCUUUGAAGAUAUAAACAGUACUGUACAGUACGUCCCUUAUAUCACUGUAAUCUUUUGAUGGCUUGUGUGGGCAUUUUCAGGGGAGGUGUACACACUGGGGGAUUUCCAGCUGAUGGGAAAUGUUAGACAAAAGUUGCCUCUAUAGUUAACCAUGCACACUAUUAACAGUACACGACUUGUUGUUGUCCAGAAUGUAUCAGGAUUGUCUGCCUUUGUUGUGUGUUUUUAUGCAUCAAGAUGGUUUGUGCACCUUUGUAUGCUUAUAUGUGCUGUUUAUCAUCCACAUUUAAGUGAAUCAUGUAAUGUGGAUUUUUUUAUAAUUAAUACUAAAGUACUAUACAGUACUUUAGUUUAAUGGGUUAUCAGGAACUCUAGUCAUCUUGUGUGAGACAGCAUGCUGGUUGAUUACCAACAGUUGCUAUGAAAAUGCAUUUGUUUUGUUGCUGUGGAUAUUCACUGAUAAGCACAUAUCUCUAGUAUAAUAAUGUUUUCUGUUCAUGAAUACAAUGUAAGUUUGAGACAAAAUAUUGUUAAUGUUUAUAAUUACUGUAUUAAACAUAAUGGUGGGGAAUAAUGUCCAUGAUGUGGCACAAAUGUGUGUUUUGUUAAGUGUAGAUCUCUGACUUGUUGUGCUGUAAGUUCAAGUAUGAAGGAUUGUAUUCAUCUUCAGUUUAGUGUUGUACUGUACUGUAUUUUUGUGUUAUGAAGCUGUUGUUUGUUAGUUUAUUACAGUAUUUGAUAUUUAUGGUACAGUACUGUAGUUGUUUUAAUUAUAGGGGACAUUGCCUAUGUAGAGACAACUGAAAUUCAUUACACUUUUUGCUGUAUUGAAAAGUGAUAAUAUUUUAAACAACUUCAAUGCUUCUUAAUGGUAUAUAUAAGUAAGGCAUUAUGGAAUAUACUCUAGGGCAGCUUUAUAUUGAGGAGAAAGGUGUUAAUUUCUUGUACUAUAUUAGCUGUUUGAAAAUUUUGACCCAACUUAAAGGUAAAUUAAUACAGGAAACAGUGGCCCAAAAUUUUUAUCAGAUUAUAAUCGACUUUAUUGAUUAUAAUUCUUAAUAAAGAGCUGACUAGGCUGCUGGUCUCACUAUGGCUGCUGGCAACAUGUCAAUGGUGUUACAAAAUUGUCUACAUAAAGCACUGCAUCAUAUUGUGCACUCAGUACAAUACUGUACAGUCCCGGACAUUCCCACAUUAGACACUACCAGUAACUCACAAAUGCCAAGCCUGUGAAUGUGAGACUGGGGAAUUUGAAGCAACAGGCAGAGAUUCAUUUAUCGUGUAACAAAGUGUGUGUAGUGGGGGGGGGGGUAUGGAACGAGGAUGGUGCAUGGUUAUAUGGGGCUGUUGUCCUGGUGGUUUACAUAAGACUGGACCCAUUGUACACUUUUAAUAAAUCAAUAAUUAUAUAUACAGGAUGUCUAUAAAGUCUGUGUGCAGUGUAAAAUGUUACUAACUUCAAUUCUAUAGGAAAUAAAAACAAUCUGAAAAAUGUAAUAUAGAGACAAUCUAUUCAAGUUUUAACAACUGUAAUGUUAAGAUUUUUAUUUUCAACAUAUCCACCACCAUUAUGGAUACAAAGCAUAAUACGAUUUUGACGUUCCACAAACACGUUCUGCAAUUGUGUUUCUGUUAUGACACCAAUCACAUCAGUUAUCUUUGCACAAAGAUCGUCUAAAGAGCUAGGUGUUGAUGACUAAACUACAGUUUUGACAAGUCCCCAUAGGAAAAAGUCCAAUGGAGACAAAUCUGGCAAAUGAGCUGGGCAAGAGGUUGGUCCACCUCUUCCGAUCCAUUGAUCCGGGAAAACCUCAUUUAAAAAACGUCGAACUCUGCGAGCAAAGCGGCAAGGUGCGCCAUCUUGCUGAAAACUAUAUUGGAGAUAGUCUUGAUUUCCUCAGUUCAGAAAUUAAUUAAUUUUUUAGAAUUUUCAAAUUAAUUUCACCAUUAACAACUGUUCCUGCAAAAAAUAAUGAACCAAUUAUGGUAUGUGUGUUUUUCCUAGAGCUCACCAGACAUUUACUUUAGGUGAAUCCCUUUCAUGUUCCUAACCUUCUUGGGUUUUCUCUGACCCCCGGAUGCGGCAAUUAUGUCAGUUAACCUUGCCACUGAUGUGAAGUGUUGUCAAGAACUGAGACUUUUUUUUUAUGUUGUAAAUGGUGACAGAAAGCCAAUCUUGCCUGGUAUUAUUCUUCUAACAACAUUUGAUGGACUUGAAUCACGUAAGGUCGCUGAUGUAAUUUUACUUUGAGGAUUUUGUGUCUCACUGAUUUUUGUGGACUGUUUGCUAAAUCUUGUUCUACAGAUGCGACAGUCUCAUUGUUUACUUGUGGUCUUCCAGUCCGUGGUUUGUCAUUAAUGGAACCAGUUUCUUUAAACUUCUUCAUCCACUUUGUAAUUGAGUUUCUGUGCGGUGCUUCCUUGUUGUAAUGAGUCGUAAAUUUUCUUCUAACGGCUGUUACGGACUUUAACCAGAGAACUCAAUUUACUUUUUCUUCAAUUGAAGCCAUUCAGUAUAGUGUUGGGUAGAUUAUCUGGAAAAAAUUUAAAGACAGAAAUUAGAAUGAAUAUAUUUCGUUGUUCGUGAUAAAACUUAAACAAAUUGUCUCUAUUACAUUUUACAGAUUGUUUUUAUCUCAUAUAGAACUGAAGUUAGUAACAUUUUAAACUGCACACAGACUUUAUAGACAGCCUGUUAUUUAAUACAAGUAUAAACCCAUUUCCUUAAUCAUAAUCACCCUCUCAUCUCCAUCUAUCCAUAAUACAGUACAGUGUGCUGAAGCAACACAUGACAACUGCAUGCACCACAAGCUCAGUUACUGUACUCCCACACCUCCUGCACCCCCCCCCCCACACACACACUAUCAGCUGUGUUCAUCUAGCUCCUGAAUGACUGAGAAAAUGGGUAAUUGUUACCAGAUAAAUGAAUCUCUGCCUGUUGCUUCAGAUAAACUAGUCUCACAGUCACUGGGUUCAUAUUUGUGGAUGAGUGUCUUAGCCUGGAAGUGUCCGGGACUGUACAUAGUAGAACUAAAGUGUAUCUAAGAAAUGUGUUUUGGAGUGUUGGAUGAAACACUGAAUUGAUUGGGGUUCUACUAUUUUUUUUAACUGAGUUGCACUUGUUCUCAUCCUCAGUUUCCUCAAACAGUGUUUGUUAUUGUUAAUUUACUUCUUAAAUGAUGAUGAGUUAAAUAAAAUUAAAUAAUAUUGUUA